UAUGGCAGUGUAAAUAAUAGUAAAAUUAUGUUAAACUUAAAUUUGUAAGGAAUGAAGUGUUUUGUAGUGUGAAAAUUGUAGAAAUUAACAUAAAGUGAUCAAAUCAAAAAGAUGAAAGAAGCAAUCGUUUGUUUACUCGAAGAUGAUCUUAUUAACGGUCUUAAGUAUGAUUUAAACAGUAAAUAUAUAAUAAAAUUUUUACACCGUUUUAAUAUUAAAGUACCGAAAGUUAAUAUCUUAGGUACUUCUAAAGCAAAUAUUAGUGAAAUUGUGAAUAAUAGAGACAAUUUAGACAUCAUUAUCGUAUCUGGCGGAACUGGGCAAAAACAUUCAGCGCAAACUUACGAAACAAUAGCUGAAUGUUUAAAUGUAAAACUUGUUGAAUCAAAUCUAGUCGAUGAAACUUGUAAAUGUACAAAUAGAGUUUUUGUUCUGCCAGAAAAUGCAAUCAUUUUAAAUUGCGAAUCUGGUAAAUUUCCUAUUGUCAAAAUGGAUAAUAUAUAUUUUUUACCUGGAUGUCCGGUUCACCUGAGAGCAGCUUUAAAUCAAUUUCAAAAGCAUUUUUUAAGCAUCACCGAUACAUUUGUGUACAGUCGCUAUCUGCAUGUUAAAUCAAAUUCUCCUAAAAUCCAAGAAUUGUUUAAUGAAGUCGUAGAUGCUUUUAAAACUGUUGAAGUAUCUAUAAAUUCUUCUGAAGAGAGAACUAACUUUACAAUCACGUUAGAGUCUACCAUUUUAAAAGAUAUUAUUUUUGUCGAAAAUUAUAUAAAAGGCAAACUGAAAGAAUUGAGAAUGAUACAAGAAAUUAGAUGCGAUAUGCUUGCUGUAUACGAUUUUGCUCGUACAUCGAAUGUAUUUUUAGAAUCAAUUAAGGUUUUAGAAAAAUGUUUUGUUACAUACAAACCAGACGAAAUAUUUUUAAGUUUUAACGGUGGAAAAGAUUGUACAGUAUUACUAUAUUUAGCUAUUGCAGUUUUUAAUCACCGAAUUUUACAAGAAAGUUCAACAAAAAUUCAAUGCGUUUAUAUUCAAUCGAAAGAAGAACCAUUCGACGAAAUAGUUCAAUUUAUUGAAGAAACUAUUGAAAGCUAUAAGUUACCAUUUAUUACCAUUAAAGGCACAAUUCAAGAAGCAUUAACCGACAUUUUGGAAAGUGAACCAAAAUAUAAAGCAGUAUUAAUGGGUACCAGGCGUUCGGAUCCUUUCUCUGAGACACUGGAAGCUUUUCAAAUGACGGACAAAAAUUGGCCACAAAUAAUGCGGGUUAGUCCGAUUUUGGAUUGGUCAUAUUCUGAUGUCUGGGAUUUUUUACAUCAAUUACAAAUACCAUAUUGUUCAUUGUACGAUCAAGGCUACACAUCUCUUGGGCAUAAAAAUAAUACCGAUUUUAAUUCUGCGUUACAUACAAAAAAUGGAUAUUUACCUGCUUAUUUUCUAGAAGAUGGUUCUUUAGAACGACAAGGUCGAGCUAAUAAUAAUUCAAAGAAUAUUCAAUCUAGUUAAUGCUUUCAAUUGAUUAGUGGUUUUUAAUUCGUUUGUAAAUAAAGAAUCGCUUUAGAACA